AUGUCAGAACUAUCGGUCUCGCGGUCGAUCCCCGUCGCCGAACUCGAGAACGCCACUGAAUUUCUCAGCAAAAGACUUCAAGAGGCAUCUCUUUCAAAAUCAGACACAGAUGAACAUGACACUGAAUCAUCCGGCGAAGACACUUCGCCCCAGGACAUCUUCAACCCCAGCCACAUGCUGCACAUGCAGAAGCGCCAUGGGCUCUCUAUUCCAAAUCUCGAAAGUCUGAUAGUAGACCUGGAGACGUUGAUCAAAUACUGUCAUCUCGUCAUGGUCGAGUACAAGGAGUGUCUUUACUGCAGCUCCGUCAGGAACACAGCCCAGGCCGUCCGGCAGCACAUGACGGGCAAGUCACACUGUCGGAUCGACAUUGGCAAGCCAGACUCAGAAUUUAGAGACUUUUAUGAUCUCGGCUCUAGUUGUGGCAGAGACAGCGAGGACAAUUUUGGAUGCUGGCGUUUCGCCGACUCGGACGAAGACAGCAGAGAGUUGGCAUCUGGAAAGGUCGUAUCAAACCGAAAUAGGAAGAAAGCUAAAAAUCACCGGAAGUCUACUCAAGGCCAGAGGAAAUCCAGCGACUCACUGCUGGUUGGUAAAAGUUCACUAAGAGAAGACGCAUCGACAGCCUUGACAGCAAGUGGUGAUAGCAAGAAGGGCCUGACGGCAGCAGCCGUCAAGCGGAACGGAAUUUUCGAGAAGCAAUUAGCCACGCUUCGCCCAGCCGAUCGACAGGUCUUGUCGCACUUGCCGCUCCCACAACAGAGGGCUGUGGUAGCCAAGGCGAAGAAACAGCAAGAGACUUGGAACAGCGAGCAGGUGGCGCAGAAGAUGAAGAUUCAAAUGAAGGCCAGAUAA